GUCAGAAGGUGGUUGGUUCGAUGCGCUCCAACUCGCGAGAGAACACCACCGUGGUCGCUACCAUCAGCGCUGAUGGUCACACCUGGGCACCAACCAUUAUCUUCAAAGGGCAACGACUUCAGGCCGAUUGGUUUGGAGAGCGAAACGGCCCGGAGGGUGCGAGGUACACCUGUACGGAUUCUUCCUAAAAGUAGGGAGACGUAUUCAUCGCCUACUUGAAGGAUUUCCACAAGCAGCUCGGCGACCGAGGGUUGCUCGACGGAAAACCCCACAUACUCUUGCUCGAUGGACAUGCAUCACACGUGAGCGUGGAGGUAGUCAGGCUGGCCAUGAAUCUCAAAAUCAUCUUGUUCCAGCUACCCUCCCAAACGUCGCACAUCACCCAGCCCUUGGAUGUCGUCGCCUUCGGACGCUUUAAGAAAUCGGUGACCAGAGUUUUGGCUUCCUUCUACCACAACUCCGGCGGGUUGUUGCCGCUGAAACGCGACAUGCCCGGCGUGAUCGCGGAUGCUUGGAAAUUGAGCUUCACACCGGAGAUAAAUAAAUCAUCAUUCGCUGGGGCGGGCUUGUGGCCUGUGAACAAGGAGCGGGCGCUGGGCCGGCUGAAGGGCACAGCGAAGAAGAAAGAGCGGCGAGACGAGCGCCCACCCCUACAGGACGUCCCCAUCGCCGCCCUCAACGAGCAGCUGGAGAAAGACAUCGGAGAAGGGGUCCUCAAGGUGCUGCGGGGGCAAGGGCACACCGUCACGGGAAACCGAGUAGGCACGAUGUUACUCGGUGGCCUCUUGACUCAAAGUAAGCGCGCGAAGAAGAUGGCGGCCUCGCGGGGCUCGCAUGGCCUUCCCGAGGGAGGCAACAUUACCGCGCCUGAGUUCUUGGACGCUGUUGCCGAAAAAGAAGGCGCAGACAAGGCGGAGAGCGACGCGAAGGCUGCGAGGGCGAAAGUUCGCGAAGAGAAGAGGGGAGAAAAAGCGGCCGCGGAGCUGUUGCGGCAGGCGCGCAUGGCCCAUAGAGGAAGGGGACGGGGACGGGGAGGAGGGAGGGGAGAGGAAAGGGGAGGGCGCGGCGGGCACGGAGAGAGCGCGGGGAGGGGACGGGGGCGCGGAGGAGGGCGCGGGAGGGUGGGGGGGCGUGAGGCGAGCGGGCGGGGGGAGGGAGGCGGGGGCCGCGGUGUUGGUCAUGAAGACGGGGUGGGAGCGCGUGGCCGGGUGGGGGGGCGCGGCCGGGUGGCUGGAGCAGAAGGGACGACUUUGUCGGAACGUCAACCAGCGCCCUCCGUGUCCAGGGUCGGACGACAACGGACGCCGACACCCGUUGUCGACGUGUAGCCGUGUCGAUAUUUCUCACGUGUCCUGAAAGGUUCAGAUUUGAAUCGAAGACGCCCAAAUGGUCAUGUACCCGCAGUCGAUAUGCACCCUGUAGAACGUCACAUGUGGUUCGUAGGCUAUGUGACGGUGAUUUUAGGGCGUGCCAGCACCGGGGGGGCAGGAUGCACAGGUUUUGAACCCAACCCGGCGAUUUUAUCGUUUUUUCCCCGGGUGACCUGUGUGUGUGUUUUUUUUUUUUUUUUGCAAUGUAUUUCACAUGCUUACAGGUUCCCUCAGAAGCGCUGGUCGCGGGGGUGCAAAGGUGUUUUGAAACUACAGUUGCUUUCGGCGUUCAUUCUUACCGCCGAGCCUAAAAUCAGGAAAAAAGUAUCCUUAUUUGACCUUUUAUAGAUCAUCAGGUGUGCUCCAACGGGCGUGGAAUUGUGCGCACAGUCGAAACAUACCCUGUAGAACGUCGUGUGGUUCGUACCCUAUUUGAUGGUGACGUUCGUGCGUUCCAGUACCGGGGGGGGGAGGGAUGCACGGGUUUAGACCGAAAACCCGGGGACGCGGUGGUUCUGUGUCCCUGGGGUGACUUCUUUUUUUGUUGUUCUGAACAUCUUUCUCACUCAUGUUUAAAGGUCCCCUCCAAAGGUUGUGUCGUGGGGAUGAAUGAGUAUUCCUCAAUGGUGGAUACAGUUUGGCGGUGUUCGGCGUGAAUUCUUACCGUUAGCGGCAUGCUAAAUCAGGAAAAAGUACCCAUAUUUGACCAAGC